UAUAGACAGCCUGAAGAAAAAUUGUGACGAAAUAUCUUAAAAAUACGUAGAAACCGUAUCGUUUCGGACCUUAAAACCUUUUCUUAAAAUAUUCAAUAUAAUAUGCGUCAUGCAUUUACCUAUAGCUUAAAACGCUUUUACAAAACGAGCGAGGACAAUCGGGCACGAAAUGACCAAACAACACGGCAACGUUAUCAAAAAGUUUUUUUUGUUAUUUUUGUUUUUUUUUUUACUGCGAAAAUAUUCUAACAUUUUGUCAGGACAUAUUAUUAGACGGUGGAGCUACGAUGCAUCUGUGUGGUUCAGUCGUCUAAAACCCCUUCGAGAAAGUCAACCGCAGACUGUUUCGUUUCAUUUUAUUUCGUUUCGCUUCUUCGCCCAGCGAAGUGCGCGGAGGCCUCGCGCCACCUGUGCGCGCGCCAGGGAGAGCGAGCGCCCGAGCCGAGCCGAGCCGAGCCAAUGGCGUGUCGCGCGCCGCUAUGAGGGAUCCGCGCGUUCGGUGGCCGCCAUGAUUCCUGUUUGCUCUCGGUGAGGCGGAAACAAAGAGGACGGAGAGGCGCUCGCUUUUCGGGACUGGUAUGCGUUUUCAGAUUAAGAGGAAUGCCCAAAGAAAAAUAUGAACCGCCGGACCCAAGGCGGAUGUACACAAUAAUGUCAAGCGAGGAGGCAGCCAACGGGAAGAAGUCUUACUGGGCUGAGCUGGAGAUCAGUGGUAAAGUGAGAAGCCUUAGUUCAGCUUUGUGGACUCUGACCCAUCUGACUGCCCUGCACCUCAGUGACAACUCUCUGUCACGCAUUCCUCCCGACAUUGCCAAACUGCACAACCUGGUGUACUUGGACCUGUCGUCCAAUAAGAUCAGGAGCCUGCCAGCUGAGCUUGGCAACAUGGUUUCUCUCAGGGAACUGCUUUUAAAUAACAACCUGUUGCGGGUUCUGCCUUUCGAGCUGGGAAAACUGUUUCAGUUACAAACACUGGGGUUGAAAGGAAACCCGCUUGCACAGGAAAUUUUGAAUCUUUAUCAGGAACCAGAUGGAACACGAAGACUGCUCAACUACCUUUUGGACAAUCUUGCUGGUACCAUCAAGCGCAUCCCUACAGAGCAGCCUCCCUCCAGGUCCUGGAUUGUCCUACAGGAGCCUGACCGGGCCCGACCAACAGCCUUGUUCUCAGUCAUGUGCUAUAAUGUGCUCUGUGACAAGUAUGCUACACGGCAGCUCUAUGGCUACUGCCCCCAAUGGGCACUUAACUGGGAGUACAGGAAGAAGUCCAUCAUGCAGGAGAUCCUGAGCUGCAAUGCAGACAUCAUUAGUCUGCAGGAAGUGGAAACAGAACAGUACUAUAAUUAUUUUCUGGUUGAGCUGAAGGAACAGGGAUACGAUGGGUUCUUCAGUCCCAAGUCCCGAGCCAGAACUAUGUCGGAAUCAGAUCGAAAACACGUAGAUGGAUGUGCAAUAUUCUACAAGACAGAGAAGUUCAGCCUGGUGCAAAAACACACAGUGGAGUUCAACCAGCUGGCCAUGGCCAACUCAGAGGGGUCAGAGGCCAUGCUAAACCGGGUCAUGACCAAGGAUAACAUUGGUGUGGCCGUUCUGCUGGAGCUGCGAAAGGAGAUGAUGGAGAUGUCCUCGGGCAAGUCUCUUCAUGGCAUGGAGAAACAGCUCCUCUUGGUGGCCAAUGCUCAUAUGCACUGGGACCCUGAGUACUCAGAUGUCAAGCUAGUACAGACCAUGAUGUUUCUGUCAGAAGUCAAGAAUAUCAUGGACAAGGCCACACGGAGUCUCAAACUGUCCUCUGUCUCCGGGGAGACCAAUGCCAUCCCACUUGUAUUGUGUGCUGAUUUGAACUCUCUGCCUGACUCAGGAGUAGUGGAGUACCUCAGUACAGGUGGGGUUGACUGCACACAUAAGGACUUCAAGGAGUUGCGAUACAGCGACAGCUUGACAAAGUUUAACAGCAAUGGAAAGAAUGGCACAUCCAGCAGUAGGAUUACACACGGAUUUAAGUUGAAGAGCGCCUAUGAGAAUGGUCUGAUGCCUUACACCAACUACACCUCCGACUUCAAGGGUGUGAUUGAUUACAUCUUCUACUCCAAGCCUCACCUCAACGUUUUGGGGAUCUUGGGUCCCCUUGAUCCCCACUGGCUUAUUGAGAACAAUAUCAGAGGGUGUCCACACCCUCAUAUCCCCUCCGAUCAUUUCUCCCUGUUUGCACAACUGGAGCUGCUCCUGCCCUACCUGCCACCUGUCAAUGGAAUUCACCUGCCAGGUCGCAGGUAGUCUCCUGAGCCACCAGGGGGAGCUGCUGAUUCACCUCCCUCACUCUUUUCUGUUGAUCUGUGCAGAGAGAAGAACAUGACCUUUAACCUAUAAAAAGAAAAUCAAGUCAUACAAUAAUAGGAGUGAGGUAUGGCCAGCAGGGAUAUAUAUUAUUUUGGUAUAUCUAGUUUUGGAUGGGUUUUUCUAAUUGUUUUCAAGCAUUUUAAUUGAAGAAGCUAAAGUCAGUCUUUGUCAGAAGUCUAUAUUAGUACAGAACCUCCUUUCCUCCCUGUGUUUUUGUUAUUCUGAUGGAUCACAAAUGAUAGUUCAAGAUUUCAUUUUUCCCUUCUGUUUGUAAACUUUGGACUCUUCAUCCUUUUAAAAAUAACUAUAGUUCAAUUUAAGCUUUUAAAGGUGUGUGGUCAUGGCUUAGAGUAUUGCAGGUUUUGCACAGUUACAUGACAACGGGACACAGAGGAGGUUGCCUUGACACACAUGGCAGUGUUGUGGACCAAGUACCAUCUGUGAGCAGGGAAGUAAGUCCCUCCAGUCCUAUAGCCUGAUUAGAAGAGUUCUUUUCUUCGUUAGCAUAGAACAUGUAGACGGUCUCUGUCCUUCACAACAUUUUCAACUGUCACCCCUUGGUAGACCACUGAGUUUUAUAGAGUGUCAGCCAAAUCCCACUUUGACACUCACUGGUGCUGAAAUCAGUUCCCUUGAAGCUACCAGUCUUGGUAGAGGUGUCUCUACAAAACAGCAUAUUUUAGUGUGUAGCUUAAGCACAGUAAGCAGCAUCUAUGCUAAAGUCUUGUCUGUAAAAGAGUUGCUAUAUUGCUUUUGAUGUCAUUUAAUCUGAGGACCAGCUUCUUAAAGCAGCAGAUGCUUUUCUACCUUAAACAAGCUUGUAUGAAUUUUAAAUUAUUUCUGUCACUAACUGUGGCUACCUUGUUCCCACAAGAGUCAAAUAUAGUACUAUCUCUGCUCAUAAUUGCCUAUUGUGGUAAUCAGACUUUAUAUAACAUUGAAGUGGAGAAUUUUUUUUUUUUUUUUUUUUAAAAGACUGAUCUCCAUGGUCCCUAGUUCUGCUUUAGGUGGAUAUGAGGGGAAUCUCUUCUGUGUCCUUACAUUCUGAAAUACAGAGCAGUUUUGCCUCAUUUGUUAUUCAUGGCAGAGUUUCAGGUCAGACAAUGUGGAGGCUAAUGCAGAUUGGUAGGGGGAGGGUUUUCUGAUGAAGUGAGAAAGAAAAUGAACCACUUUCAGAUGUGCAUUUUGCCUAAAUUUUGCAGCAGAGGUAUACAGGGAGCAUGCCUGAACCAGCAUCACGUUUGUGGCCUCAUGCCGGGGUGAGCAAGUUAGAAACUCCUCUGUGUGCACCUGUCUGAAACCCUGCAUACACCUCAUGGUGCUGUAAUAAUGUGGGUUUCCAGGUCAUUAAGAGCGUUACAGGUUUUUGAAGUGAGCAAAGGACAGACUUUUCACCCCCUGGUUGGUGGGGUCACUUCUUUUGUGAGGCACCAGCUACACACACACACACACACACAAUUGCACACAGUUACACACCAGUAAUGUUAUCUUAGAAGCCAGUAGUGACCUUCCCUGGCUACAAGUUCCAUACUUCACUCCAGGGGUUUUUUCCAAACGAGUGUUUGUAUAAAAUAGAAAUUUGGAUUUAGCCUUUACAUGAUUGUAUAAAGCAUGAUUUAUGGCAUUUUUGUACUUAAAUUAUGACUAGAUUUGGAUGAAAAAUGAUUGUAUUGUAAAUUAAGGCUAAAUUUUUAUCCAUUUAUUAUUGUUAAAAGAUAAAUUAAAAUGACCAGCUUGUACAAAAGACUGAAAGAGAAGUUGUGCAAGGUUUUCACUGGUACUUUUUCAUUCUUUUGGAUUACAGUUUCUGUAUAUACCAGUGCUUUGUCCCCCAUCCCUUUUUAUUUGCACCGUUACUUUGUAAUCUUCAUCCAAAAGCAAGCCAUUCAUGGAGGCAGCUGGCAUUUGUUCAGGACAAGAGGAGGAAUUACAAUAUAAAACUGAUAUUUAUUCUCUCUUUAGCUGCCUUGUUCCUUCUGAAUUGGCUGUAGUCAGAGAAGGAAGGAGUUCUUGAGCAAAGACCUCUUCAGGUAAACAGGCCCAGUCUCUUUGGCAACACUGGUCUUUGAGUGAUUCCCAGCAGGUGAGCACUUAGCCCCUCCCCGACUGAACUCUGGGUAAGUAGGAAAUAGUUUUGGAAGGCAGCCGCUUUUAACAAAGCCCUACUCCCCUAAGGAUACAUCAUGUGAGCAGGCUGAGCUUCCCUUAGUGCCUGCUUGCAUCCACUUAACUAGAGUCUGCUGCCUGCCAGUGUGAGAUGGGGACAAGGCCCUGUCCCUGAAUAAAGCAGGUUCAGUUUUUGCUGAUUUCCAGCCUCCGGCAAACCCGGGGCAUAGCACUUGGGCAGCACCUGUAAGUUCUUCCUCCCCCAGUGUUUUCUGUGGAAUUUAUACAAGUGCAGAAAGAGGAUCAUUGUGCCUCAUCACUGCAGUUCUCAACUCACACUGUCCAUGCUGAUGGUGAACACCUGCACUGCUUCUCUUUCCUAUUUUAUUAUUUUUUUUUAAUUUUUACUGUCAGACAUUUGUGAAGAUUUU